ACUGACGCAAUACGGAAGUCGAGUUUAUUUAACAGCGGAAGAGUUUCACUUCUUGUCUGAGUUACCGUGUCGUCUAACAGCCAGAAAUGACGAUUUGCAUCGUAACUGUUUUGUUGUUUUUGUGUGUAAGAAGCAGCCAGGGCUGGAAUGAAGCAGGAAGCGUGCUUCUCCGAGAUGUCCAGGUCCUGACCCUCUACAGGGACCGGUACACCACCGCCAGACGUUCAAGUCCAGUGCCUCAGCUCCAGUGUGUCGGAGGUUCUGCCGGCUGCCACGCCUUCACACCUGAGGUGGUCCAGUGCCAGAACAGAGGCUGGGAUGGAGUUGAUGUCCAGUGGGAGUGCAAGACUGACAUGGAUAGUGCGUACCGCUUCGGUCGCAUCGAGGUGAGCUGCGAAGGCUUCAGCAACCGUGAUGACCCCUAUGUGCUGAAGGGCUCCUGUGGCCUUGAGUACACGCUGGAACUGACCGAGGCGGGUCGGCGUGCAGGUCACCAGGGGUCCUGGAGUAGAUCAAAGGGAUUUGGAGGACUUGGAGACUUUGCCUCCAGCUUCUUCAGCGGGUUCUCUGGCAACAAGCAGCACCAUCAUCAGUACAAGCAGCAGAGCUACCCGGGGCACUCUGAAGACUCUGGGAGCCUGCUCGUCAUCGUGGUGCUGCUGGCCCUGGCCUAUGGUGUCUACAAGCUGUUCCUGAGUGGGAACACAGCCCAGGGGGAGCCUGGUUACCCAGGUGAUGAUCACAGCAGCUUCAGAGCUGGACCGCCUCCUCCUGGGUUCAAGCCCGACUUCACAGGACACUCUGGAGCGAAUCCAGGCUACGGCUUCAACAACUUCCAGGGACAAUAUUACCCACGAGGCCGUGCUGCUGGCGGCACAGGAGGCGGUUUCUGGACCGGCAUGGGGGCGGGGGGGCUGAUGGGGUACCUGUUUGGCCGGCAGAGGAAUCAGCCUUAUGGCUACCGUAGCAACAGUUACUAUGACUACAGAGACGCUCCCCCUCCUCCGCCGUCGUCCUCUGGCUCUCGCACUGCUUCAGGUUUCGGUGGCACUAAGAGAAGAUAGGACCACAGCGCCUCCUUGUGGUCGACUGUAGGCUCCUAGUUCUCUUUUUGUGAAAGAAUUUUAUUGACUUUUAUGCUUAAAUUGUGAAUUUCCA